UCCUGUCGGGAGGGAUAAAACUGAACAAUGUCUAUUUUUUUUAAACAGAAAGCCAUCAUUAGCCAUGUCUCACCUGACAUCCUUUAUCUGUUCAGAGUUCAAGCAGUCUGCCGAAAUGACAUGCGCAGUGAUUUUAGCCAGACAAUGCUCUUUCAAGCUAACACAACUCGAAUUUUUGAGGGGACCAGAAUAGUCAAAACAGGAGUGAAUAAUGGGCAGAAUGGAGUGUUUGGAAAGAAAAGGAAAUCAAAAGGAAAAAAGAGCCGAGGUAGAAUGUCAGGUACAUCUACUGAUGGUCUCUCUGCUGUGUUUUCUUCUCUUGUUCCCCCUGGUGAUUUCUUCAAGCCUACAGCUUCUCCUGCACCUUCAGCCGACAUGGCUCCCAUCAGUUCUGGAUCUUCUACUUGGACCUCCUCAGGCCUGCCCUUUUCCUUUGUGUCCAUGGCAACUGGAAUGGGGCCUUCCUCCAGUGGGAGUCAAGCAACGGUGGCCUCGGUGGUCACCAGCACUUUGCUUGCAGGCCUUGGGUUCAGUGGGAGUGGUAUUUCUUCUUUUCCUAGCACCGUUUGGCCAACUCGUCUCCCAACGGCUGCUUCCGCCAGCAAGCAGUCGGUGAGGCCGGUUGUCGCUUCCACCGAGGCUUUAUCUUCUGCAGGACCUGACAAUGAUUCCACCCUCACAAAAGACAACGAAGGAGCAGAGGAUGGCGAAAAGGACGAGAAAAGCGAAAGCGAGGAUGGUGAAAGAGAGCACGAGGAAGAGAGAGAAAAGGAUUCCGAGAAGAAGGAGAAAAGUGACGUGACCGAGGCGGCCAACGUGCAGAACGACACGGAAACGACAGGCGCCACCGUUGCUCCUAAUAGGACUAUGGAGGAAAGAGGGAAUAAAACCAUACCUGAUCAAGAGCCAAGCCAAAACAUUUUUCCAACAGAUAGGACUCCCAGAGGAGAAGGAGUUACAGACACAGACACUGAGUCCAAAACAGUCCCUUCCACCCAAGUGCCACCAGCAUUCACAAAUGAACAGUAUACUGGGCUGAUUUCAGGAAGACCAGAGACAGAAUCAAGGACACCUUCACCAAAUGAAAGAUUUCCAGAGGAAAACUCACCAGAGAACAGAUUUAUUACCAUUAACCCAGAGGGCGGCAGUGCCGAUUGCGAAAACCACCGCAGUUCAUUUCAACAGGCCCAGGACGGUUGCGCAAAGCAAAUCUGCUAUAUGAGAAAGCUGGACACGAGUCCGCAUCUUACUGCUUAAUUUGAAAGGCUAGAAGAGCUUUGGAAUGUUUCCCCCAUUGACUUGUUUAUGGAUUCUUAUGUAAGUUGCUACAUUUUCCUCUGCUGUGUAUCUGUCACCUUUUGUUCCUUAAGUUCCAUUACUGUAACUUCUUGAUGGAUGCAAUCUUGUAAUGUAUAAUUAAUUCCUCGCUUACUGGGGCACUGCUCUUAUUUGGUUCUGUCAGAUACAGCUGUUAAGAUAUUACUGUUAAGGAAAACAAUAAUGGUUGUGUACCCUGAAUAUUGUACAUGAACUGCAAACAGCCAUGUGAAAAUGAAAGCUAGUAAAAGGGAGAAGCCCAUCCUUUUUAAAAAAUCCAAAGAAGAAGAGAAAAGCAAAAUUUCGCCAUGUGAAUUUGCGAGAUUGUAAUUUUUUAAAGGGAUUUUUGAAGAGCAGCUGGGUAAAGAUUUUUGUAAAAACCCCAGAAUGUACGUACGUAUGUACGUACGUACGUACAUACGUACACACAUACAUACAUACAUAAGCCUUUAUUGGCAUAGUCAGAAACACAUACAUAAAUCAGGAGCAAAU